AUGCCAAUAUCAAAAAGUGAUUCAUAUUCAGCACAAAUCAGUGAAAAUAUUUUUCGAUUGACCAAUGUAGCUCCUAUUCCAUUUAAUUUAUCCGAAGUUUUUGGUUGUUUUAAUCAACCAGGAUUAAUAAGAUUUUUUGAUGAACAUAAAAAAUUAGGUUUGGAUAUUCCACCAUUCGUUUUCGGUUUUCUUGUUCAUGCUGCUGUAAUGCUCGAUGGAGCAGAAUUAUUUGAUCCAGAUGGUACUGGUUGUUUAACAUCUAUGAAUUUAUUUGUUCAACUUAUUGGUGAACCUGGUACUAAUAAAUCUGGUAUCUUAAGGGCAUUUAGUUCUACAAUGUCAGUAUUAUCACGUUUAUUUCCACAAUUCUUCAGUAAAACAGUAACUGAAAAUAUUGAUGGUAAAGAAAAAACAAAUCAUAUUGAUUUAAUUGUUAAUAAUGAUACAGAAUUAUCGUUAGUUCAAAAACUAUCUAAACGUGAAAAUGUUUUCAUAUUUUCUGAUGAAUUGGACGUGAUGAACAUAAGAUUCGGUGUGUAUUUAGGAGGUUCAACGGAUAAUGAUAUGAAAACCAUAAGUUCAAGAUUAUUGUGUCAAGGAUAUGAUAUUAUUACAAAUUUUUCAAGAACGACUGGUUCUACAUCAUUUCACAUUGAUCGAGGUUCAAUAAACAUCUUUGGAGCUAGUACUGGUAAUAUGUUAUCGACUGUUUAUCGUCAAUAUCGAAAUUCGUCAAUGUCUGAUGGCACCACAAGUAGAUUCUUGUACAUUGGUGCAUCAGCACAUAAAUCUGUAACAAAUAUUUCUGGUGAAAUUCUAUCAUUACAACCCAACAUGGUUCAUAUUCUGAUCAUUAUUCGUCUUAUAGGUGAAUAUAAACCAAUAUUUGUAUUUGGCCAAUAUGAGAAAGAAUCUGAAGUUCCAAAUAAAGUUAUAAUACCAAAUGAUGUACAACAAUUAAUAACAGAUAAUGACGAUUCAUUAUCAGCAGUUGAAAAUUUAAAUGAAUUGAAACCAACUGUUAUUAUUCCAUAUGAAGAAAAUGACAGAGAAAUUGAUGGAAGUCUUUUAUCACCAUGUGCAGCAUUAAAAAGAAUAAUAGAUUAUUACCAUAAUAAAUCAUUACAAACUGAUCAACAAGGAAAAUCAAUUUAUAAACCGUUACAACGAGCAUUUUAUCGUAAAGGUGGUCGAAAAUUGGCAAAAAUUAGUGCUUUAUGUUAUGUUAUUUCUCUUGCAAUAAAAAUUUGUUAUGAAUCAAUUCAUUUUAUUCGUUUUGGUGAUGGUUUAUUCAUGAAAGAUGUUAUUGACAAUGAACAAUAUAACAGAUUAUUUUUGUUCUAUGAUCAUGUUAAAAAAAUUAUUAAACAAAAAAUGGAUGAAUUACCAUCAUAUGGUAUUAACAAUCGUCCUCUUAUUGUAGUUGACAAAGCUGCAGUAAAAGCAGCUGAAGUAUUAUAUGAAUAUUCAUCUAAAACUAUUGAUUUACUAUUUGAUGAUACAGCACUUACCAAAAUUGAUAAUGAUUCAACAAACAUUUCCAACAAUUUAUCAACAAAAAAGUCGUUUUUUGAAGAACAAACAAUUUUAUUGACAAUGGCAUCGCCAAUUUUGUCAAAAGCAUGGUUUAAUAAUACAAUAACUGGUUUACCAUAUACAGGCAUUUUUAAAAACUAUACAAAAUCUAAAAGCAAAAUGAUUCGUUUGAAUAAUGCGCUAGAUUAUUUAGUAAAUAAUGGCUUAAUUGAAUGUGGUACUGCUAAUAAAAAACAUCUUGUUGGUGCACGAAGAGAAACAUAUAUGAAAACACCACCAUUUAAUAUUCGUACUGAUAAAAAUAAAUUAACAGCACUUGAAUUAAUAAAUAUAAACAUUGAUGAGUACGAACACAUUUAUAUGAAUUCUCCUUUACCAGCAAAUAUUCAAUUAACAGAAGAAACAAUAAAAUUGAUUCUUUCUAAUGAAGAAUACACUCCAAUUGUUCAUUUAUUUAAUGAUAUUCGUGUCGAACAAGAAAUGGAACUUCGAAUAGCCUCUCAUAUAGUUCAACAAGAAAUUAUUCAAGGAAAAAAACAAUAUCAUAUCGUUUCAUCUUCACAACGAGUUGAUAAUGACAACAGUUACGUUCAAAAUAUUUUUGAAUUUGAUUUUGAUUCAUUAUCCAAUAACAACAACAAUUCAUCAAUAUCUGAUGUACCAGUUCAUUCAAUUCAUAAUUUAUCAUCAUUAUCAUCAUCAUCAUGUCAUAUUAACGAAUCUCAUUUAUUUUCUUCAUUAUAUAGAUCGAAUUUAACAACAGCAAGUUCUACUGAAGCUGAUUUACAAUAUCAAAAUAAUCAAGAUACAAUGUCUUUUGAACAUGAAUUAUAUGAAAUUGAACAAGAAUUGUUACAGGCUUCUCGUUAUUCAUCAAAUGUUAUUGACAAGAAUGUCAUUAACAAUAUGUCUAACGAAAUUAUUUUAGUUACACAAGUACGUGAUCCAGUUAAUACACCUGUCAUUCUGAAUAAUGAACUAUAUGAACCAGUUUGUAAUGCAACUGAUGUAGAAAAACAAAGAAAAGUUCAAAAUAAAAAUCAAUCUCAAUUGAUCAUUCCAUUGAUCGAAUUCGAACCAAAUUCAAGUAAUAGUUUGAGAGAAACACAAACUAUUGAUCCAUCACAACCGUUUCAACUGAUACCUGAUCUUAUUCAAAAUAAAAAUCGUUCAAUUAAACGUUUAUUGGAAGAAGAAAACGAAAGCUUUAGAAAAAAACAAAAAAAUACUACCGAUGAAAAUGAAAAUGAUGAAUCAACAACUUCAUCUGUAGGACACAAAUGGAGUUUAACACAACCGAGAUUCUCUUCGCCAAUAAAUACAAAUUCAACAAUAACUAUUGGUAGUAGUCAUGUUGAUAGACAAAAUGUGAAUCAAUUUAGUUCAAUUCAUGUUGAUACCAACUUGCAGCAAAAUAAUAGUAUUACUUUGGCACAAUCAUCUACUGUUACAAAUACCAAUACGAAUUGUGAUGAUGUAGCUGCUGUAUCAUCAAUUGUCAAUAUGCUAGUGGACAAUGUACUUAAUACGACUAAUUCCAAUAUAUGCAAAAAUGAUAUUAUCCAAUUGGAUUUAUUUCAUCCAUCUGAUUCACCACAUAUUGCAGAUCAUGUUAGUAUGUCAAACUCCGUUCCAACAACUGAUUAUCAACAUAAUAAUACGAAUAAAUCUUCGUUGCUCAAUACAGAUAUGAGUCGACAAGGUGAUACAGAAUUACUCUCUUUUGAUACAACAACAUCACCUUCGAAUACGUAUGUUCAAAUUGCUUCAAAAGAUGAUGGAGUAAAUAUUAAUCUUGGUAUUGAUAAACCAUCACUUAAUGAAAAAAAAAAAGAUUCUUAUUUAUCGGCCGGAAAAGAUGAUGAUCAAAUAUGCUCUGAAAUUUAUCGUAAAUUGAUCUUAUCAGAUUCAAUAGUUAUGUCAAAAACUGACAUAUGUGUGAAAUUAAAACAUAUAUCUACAUCAACUCGAAUUCGUGAUCAAGCGAUUAUCAAUUUAGUAAAUGAUAAAUUACUUAUUAUCGAUGAUUGGUUUAGUUUAAAGAAUAUCAAAGGUAUUGUAAAUUUCACUGGUUAUCUCAAAGGUUUUCCAAAAAAUGAUGCACAAAGUCAAAUGGACUUUGCUGACAAAUUGGCAAAAUAUGGUAUUGAUUUUAUUGAUUUUGAACAGUCCUUUAGAAAAGAUAAAGUUGGUGCUCUUCCACGUACACUUGAUACAUCUGAUAUCAAACAAUCAAAAUGGUUGUAUUCACAAGCUUUAAUGGAUAAAAUUCUUUCUAAUAAUUUUCUUCAAGAAAGAUUAGUAAUUGAUCCAUCAGCUGUUAUUCAUUCAUCAAAUAAUGAAUCACAACAUAACAAACGUAUUCGAAAACCAAAAAAAACUUUUUCUCCAUCUGAUCAACAAUAA